UGCAUUUGACAAUGCGCUAAGGGUGGAAAGAAAUAAAAAAAUCAAGGUGAUCAAUGGCGAAAAUGAAGGGCUCAACAUCUACUACUACUACUAGUUUAGCCUUGAAAGCUUAUUAUGAUAUUUACAAGUUCGCGGUGUUUGUGGUGGCCGUUCUUGGAACGACGUCGUCGGCAAGGACGGAGCGGCAGACCAACGCCUACGCGACGAUGAUGUACAUGGGGACGCCCAGGGACUACGAGUUCUACGUGGCGACACGUGUCUUGCUGAGAUCGCUCUCCAGACUACACGUGGACGCCGAUCUCGUCGUUAUUGCCUCCCUCGACGUCCCUCUCCGUUGGGUUCAUGCCCUGGAAGAGGAAGACGGAGCAAAGGUGGUACGAGUGGAAAAUCUGAAUAAUCCAUACAAGAAUCGGCACAAGUUUGAUUGGAGAUUUCUGCUAAGCUUGAACAAGAUAUAUGCGUGGAGCCUUGUGGAAUAUGACAGAGUGGUCAUGCUCGAUGCUGAUAACCUUUUCCUUCAAAACACCGAUGAGUUGUUCCACUGCGGACAAUUCUGUGCAGUCUUCAUUAAUCCCUGCAUUUUUCAUACUGGCCUCUUUGUCUUGCAGCCAUCAAUGGAGUUGUUCAAGGACAUGGUUGAGGACUCAGAAAGAGGGAGAGAGAGCCGAGAUGGUGCGGAUCAGGGAUUUAUAGGAAGCUACUUUCCAGACUUAAUUGAUCAGCCAAUGUUUCAUCCAAAUGCCACCGUUAAGCAGCUCAAUGGAUCCUACAGACUGCCUCUUGGCUACCAAAUGGAUGCUUCUUAUUAUUAUCUGAGACUAAAGUGGAGGGUACCUUGCGGAUCGAACAGUGUGAUUACCUUCCCGGGCGCACCCUGGUUGAAGCCCUGGUAUUGGUGGUCUUGGCCUGUUCUGCCUUUAGGCAUUUCUUGGCAUGAACGACGUCGUCAAACUCUAGGGUACGGCGCUGAGAUGGUAGCAGUACUAGUCCAAACGGUGAUGUAUGUAGGACUUAUAGCAAUGACGCUUCUAGCGCGGCCCAACAUCUCAAAGUUAUGCUAUCGGCGCUCAAAUAAGAGCAUAAUCAUUGUACAGACCUCCCUCAAAUUACUAGCUAUAUGGUCCAUUGUUGCAGCCUACAUAGUGCCGUUCUUCGUCGUUCCUCGCACACUUCAUCCACUAUUAGGCUGGAGUCUCUACUUGCUCGGUUCGUUUGCGCUUUCCUUUGUUUCCGUCAACGCCUUUUUGCUGCCAGUGCUUCCGGUUUUGGCACCUUGGGUUGGGAUAUUAGGCGCACUUUUGGUGAUGGCAUUUCCUUGGUAUCCAGACGGCGUUGUGAGGGCUAUGUCCGUGUUUGGCUAUGCAGUUUUCUGUGCACCAUUUAUAUGGGUGUCUCUUGUAAAACUCAUGAAUUGUCUCCAUGUUUCACUUGAAAAGGAAUUGUUUCUCCCAAGGCUGGGUGAGUCUUCUCUCCUAAUUUCACAGUUUAGCAAGCUAUAUUAAGGCAUAAACCAGAGUUUGUUUUGUUUUGUUUUGUUUUGUUUUGUUUUGUUUUGUUUCUAGACCUCAAAUAUUAAUUAAUUAGGCUAAACCUCCUAUCAUAGAUUAGACGUUGCUCAUGUAAUGUAUUGAGGCAUUCAAAAAGUCACUUGCUGAAGCUAAUUAAAGAGGAUUUAUCCUGCUACUGCUUGGAGGGUUUGC